UGGCUCUGCAUCGUGUUGCCUAGGCAGACUGAUCACAAGUCCUCUCGUGGGUUAAUGUCAGGUUUUCAGUUGCUCGGGUGUAAAUCUGGCUAAGGAAAGAGACAGGAGUAUUCACAGGCAUGUUGGGGAGCAUGCGUAUUUUCACAUAGCUGUUUCUUGACACGUUUCCGUCCUUGAAUCCAUCACCGAGCACAGCUGCGACGUCGUACAGUUCCUCGUUCCCAAAUCGUAAAUGGGAACCAACAAGGACACAGAUUUUGAGCAGGCAACCCCACAGCGGCCUGAAGAGAUGGGGUCUGCCGAAACGGACAAAGACCCCCCGACCGAACCCAAUCAAGUCCCUCCCGCUGAGGACAACGACCCGCUCAACACGUACAAAUGGCACACUGGCGCCAAGGCGACCGCCGACGGGGCCAAAGGGGAAGCUGGAGGCACGUCAGCGACCACGACGCCACUCGAGAGAGUGGAGAAGAGCUGCACCAACAAAUGGGGUAAAAUGCAGAACUGGCGCAAAGCCCUGAGUGAGGACACCGGAGACAGGGCCUCGACCGCCACCGGACGAGGAGGAAAGAGCGAAGGGCCCAAGACAGAGAAGUCCACCGCGGGCAAAGGGAAGAACCCCUUCCGGAGAGCUCUGUCAGAACCUCCCGGGUCCCUGUUCUCGGCUCUGUCUUCUUCCGCCUCCGCCGGCGGCGGCGCGGCGGCCGGCUCCAGCCAGGCUGGGGAGACGGCGGGGUCCUCCUCCAUGGACGUCCCGCCACAGAGGGGCGGGGGAGGGGCUCUCUUCAGGAAGUACCUGAGGACCGUCUCCCAGAAACUGAAGAGGCCCAGGCUUCAGAGUCGAGGUAGCACCCCGACACUGCAGCCAGAUGCAGGUGAGGCAGCAGCAGCCUCUGCCCCAGAGGAGCUGCCCAGGCUGUCAUGGGUCCCCCCCCAGGAGGUUCCCCUGUGGGACAUCAGCCACUGUGUCCUGGAGGACGGCCAGAUCCUCAUCAGCCCGGAGGAUGAGCCUGUGAUGUGGACCCGCAACAGAGUGAGCAGCUGCCUGUCCGACGCCAGCAUGCAGAACCUGACGGACAUCAGCACCGAAUGCAGCCCUGACAACGUGGGCCCUGCUGGUGGGCCCAGACUGAAAAACCAAGAUGGCGGAGUGAGGGCCUUAAUCAAACGACGUCUUGAAGGCCGAACAAAACGGAGCAACAGUAGCACUCAGUUGAACAGCCUCGGGUUAAACAAGGGAAAGAGGGUCUAUGGGUCCCGGGAGUCAGUGUCUAUCCCAGUCAGUGCUGCAGGGAGCCUGGACCUGAGUGCAGACACCAGCACCGUCAUAAGACCUGUCCACAGCUCUAUUCUAGGGGAGAAGUACUGCUUUGAGGUGAUCAACUCAGAGAACAAUCACUGUUUUGGAUGCACCUCUGCCGCUGAGAGAGACCGCUGGAUUGAAGACCUCAGGAGGGCUGCCCAGCCCAAUAAGGACAAUGUUGAACGAACAGAGAACUCCCUCAGUCUGUGGGUGAACGAGGCCAAGGAUCUGCCCGCCAAGCGACGCUACUACUGCGAGCUGCACCUGGACGGCACUCUGUUCGCCCGCACCAGCAGCCGAUCCGUGGGCAAGUCUGCCAACCGCUCAAACCCGGCUGGGGAUGGCUCUGCUGGGGCUUCCAGUAGCGGACAAGGGGGUGGAGUGACCGGAGGCUGCCAGCUAUUCUGGGGCGAGUUCUUCGAGCUAGAUAACCUUCCCACGUUCUCCCAGAUCAUCUUGCAUCUCUUCCGUGACGAGGACCCCAAGAAAAAGCGCCACUCCCGGGACGAGGCCAGCCUGCACCCCAUCGGCAGCGUGGCCAUAUCCCUGGCUGACAUCCGUGGGAGGACCUACCAGGAAAAGUGGCACCCGAUCAUUCCCUACAAGGCGUCAGGCACGGGAGGGGCCAAGGAGCAACUGGGGCCUCAGGCUUCACUCCGAGUCAAGGCCCGCUUUCAGAACCUGCAAGUGCUGCCCAUCGAGAAGUACAAGGAGUUUGCGGAGUUCGUGACAGUGGACUACUUGGGAAUGUGCGGUAGUUUGGAGCCUCUGCUCACCGUCAAGGAGAAGGAGGAGCUGGCGGGGGCGCUGGUGCAUGUCCUUCAGAGCAUCGGCAUGGCCAAGGAGUUUCUGAUAGCGCUGGGCGUUGCGGAGGUGGAGCGUCUCGGAGAGAAGGAGGCUCUGAUCUUCAGGGAGAACACUCUGGCCACCAAGGCCAUUGACGAGUACAUGAAACUGGUUGGCCAGAAGUACCUCCUUGAUACCCUUGGAGACUUCAUCACCCGCCUGUAUGCUACAGUGGAGAGCUGUGAGGUCGACCCUCGUAAAUGUCCCGCCGCCGACCUGUCGAUCAACCAGAGGCACCUGAAAGAGAGCUGCGAGGAGGUGGUGCAGAAGAUCACUGAGAUGCACGGGUCGUUCCCCGAAGAGCUGAACCGGAUCUUCUCCAGAUGGGUGGAGUUGUGCGAGGACGAGGGACGACCUGAGAUUGGCCAGCGCCUCAUAUCCUCUUCGUUGUUUCUCCGCUUUCUGUGUCCGGCCGUCCUAAGCCCCUCCCUGUUUGGGCUGAUGCAGCCCUACCCUGAGCCGGCCACCCUCCGCACCCUCACCCUCACCGCUAAAGUCAUCCAGAACCUGGCCAAUUUCACCUUGUUUGGUGAGAAGGAAGAAUACAUGCUCUUCAUGAACGACUUUCUCCAGGAGCACUGGGAGAAGAUGCGAGCUUUCCUUCAGACAGUGUCCAACCCAGACGGAGACAUCCCAAUGACUUCCUUCGAUGGUUACGUGGACCUUCCCCUGCGUCUGGCGGUCCUCCACGGCUUGCUGGUCGACAUCAUAUCCCAGAAGAAGCCGGACACAAUAGACAAACUCCAUCCUCUGCCUUCAAUUCUGAACCAAAUAACAGAAUCCCUGGGUCCUAAUGCCCCACGGAUCACAGUUAGAAGCCACACAGGGACAUCAAAACCAACGUACGUACCCCCUAAAGACCUGGAAAAGUACAGUCCUCUCCACACCUCCCUCCAGCAGCUGCCCAUCGACCAGAAGAGCAGCCAGGGGAAAGAUGGGUCCGAGAGGGGCACGAGAGACAGAAGGAGCGUCCGGGACAGGAAGCCAGUGUCCAGGACGCAGAGUGCCCCGCACAGGAGACCAGCGCAACCCAAACAGCCCCAGAAGAGACAGAUCAGCACCGAGGAUCUGACAGUUGAAGACGCACCGACUGAGCAGGACACGGGGGCAAAUCCUCCACUUGAUAUCUCAUCGCCACAAAGUAGUGUCAGUGUGAAGCAACCACCUGCUCCAGUGCCAUGGAUCAAAGACAACCAGCACAAGGAGACACACAAGAUGAAGGCAGAACAGGAGCAGGUCAGCCUACUGGACAAGCAUGCUGAGGAGCUGUCAGAGCUCCGCCUAGGGGUGGAGCAAGUCACAGAGCGUGAGCUGGAGAUGGCCAAGCGCUUGGAGGACUUCAUUGUCCAGAGCCAAGACCAGAAUGCAAUGCUGCAGGCCGAGGUCAGUGAGCUGCGGAACCUGCUGGCCGUCCGUGAGGAACAGCUUGCCAGCGCCACCUUCAGACUUGGGGUGAUUGAAGAGGAGAGAGAGGAGGAUGAGAGGAAGCUUAAUGUUGCCGUGGCAGCAGCUGAACGGUUGAAUGUACUGGAGGAGCAGUUUGCAGAUCUGCUGAAGGAUCUCCAUGAGCACAGCGGUCAGAACAACAUUCAACUGCCAUGACACACAUCAACAUCAACUGAACUGAAAAUUAUGACACUGGGUGUUUAAUGGAUUUAACUUUCAGCUAUUCUUGGCUGAAUGCUUCACAAAUGAUGUUGAAUUCAUAAUUUGUAAUCAUAUGAGGCACCUUUUGUUUAUUUUGUUCAGUGUAAACAUUGAGGUUCAUUAAAGGUAGUUCAUUGUG